CGAAGAAAUUUUCCGUACCGUACACGCAAGUGAAGCGCACGAUUGGUUUGAUUGGAUGCGUAGGAGUUCGGGGCGUCACUCCGACCUCCAUUCACACAGAAUAAACCGAAAGACAUUCCUUCGUAAUAAAUCAGAGUUUGGUUACACAUUAGACUGCGCGUUGAAGGCUUUAACAGUGCUGCACAAAGUGGGAAGGAUGACACUGAAUCCAGGAGGACGCCGGCUCAAACAAUGGCUGAUUGAACAAAUCAACAGUACUGUUUACUCCGGGUUACUCUGGGAAGAUGAAAAUUUUACUAUGUUCCGAAUCCCGUGGAAGCACGCAGGAAAACAGGACUACAACCAGGAGGUGGAUGCGUCCAUUUUUAAAGCUUGGGCCGUGUUUAAAGGGAAAUUUAAAGAAGGCGAUAAGGCCGAACCGGCUACGUGGAAGACUCGGCUGCGAUGUGCCCUCAACAAGAGUCCCGAUUUUGAGGAGGUAACGGAACGUUCUCAGCUGGACAUUUCGGAGCCGUACAAAGUGUACAGGAUUGUCCCAGAGGAGGAACAGAAGCGUGAGUUAGGUAAAGGCAUUACCCCGACCUUGAACAUGGGCUCCUCCACAGAUGGAGCUGAGAUGGAGUGCAGCUCAGCAGACCUGGACCAACUCAUCAAAAAGCCUUCAAACGACGAAUACCCUGGCAUUAUUGAGAAGAGUCCUUCUCCUGUGGAUGAGAACUGCAAUGUGCAGCCAUGUCAGGAGUGGUGGCACCCGGGAUCUCAAAAUGUUCUCCCUUUACAUCCAGAUCCAUCACCAAUAAACACAUUUAAUGCAGGUUUCUCUCAGAUGAUGAUCUGUUUCUACUAUGGGGGGAAGCUAAUGGGCAGCACUCUGACCACACACCCAGAGGGCUGCCGAAUCUCUCCAUGCCGACCACCUGGAGCCAACGCCCUGCUCUAUGGCCCGGACAGCCUCCAGACUGUGCGCUUCCCCUCCGUGGAACUCAUCGAGCAUGAACGGCAGCGCCAGGUCACACGCAAGCUCUUCGGGCACCUGGAGCGUGGCGUGCUGCUUCGUGCCAACCGCGAGGGCAUCUUCAUCAAGCGGCUGUGCCAGAGCAGGGUGUUCUGGAGUGGACAGGAUGCCCAAUACAACCCAGGUGCCAGCAAGCUCGAGAGAGAUGCCGUGGUCAAGCUCUUUGACACCGGCAGGUUUUUGCAAGCUCUCCAGUUGUACCAGGAGAACCAGUACCCUGCCCCAGACCCGACUGUCUCUCUGUGUUUUGGGGAAGAGUUCACAGACUUCAACACAGCAAAGAGCAAAUUAAUCAUUGUGCAGAUCACAGCUGUGAAUUGUCAGCAGCUCGUAGAUGCAGUGACUGCCAGGAGAACACAAUACAACAGCGGAAACCUGGAGAUCUCAGAUGAGCUGGCCAGCGACCAGAUGGCUCACAUUUACCAAGACCUGUGCAACUACCCUGCUCCCCAGAGGACACCCUGCUACAGGGAUAACCUGCCCAUCACUGCCUGAGCUAAAGCUCCGACACCUGCUCAGAUAAAUAGACACUUCCCAGACCAACUCAGUGUGAUUUAAAGCAUAUGCUGAACAAUGACCAUGGACUUCUACAGCGUGCCAGUAAUGAACAUUAGCGGAAAGGCCCUUUAAAGUAGUUCAACACAAAUGUAGCAUGUCUUUCUGCUGUCUCAGGGGUAGUAGCUUCAAAAAUGGCAAAUGUUCUCAGGGAAGUCGAUUGACGGAAUAUUGUCAGUUCUAAAGCUUAUCUUUAAUAUGUUUCAAGUAAACUUUCUGUCUUGUACAAUUGUGUACAUAAACCAUUUAACACCUGUGGCAAAAGCUCACUGGAGCUGCACUGAUUGAACACUGAUUGGACUUCAUCAUGUUGAAAGAUGAAAUCAUCAAAUUAUUAUUGAAUUUCCAGUGAAAUGCAGUUGUAAUUGCAAUGUUAUUCAUCGAUGCAAGUUUUUUCUCACAUGCUUCAUUUUAAACAAACUUCAACUGCUGACAAAAUUAAUAAUCAACCAAAAAUAUCUAUAUGUUGAAAUGUGGUUAUAUGUUGAAAUGUGCUUUUUUCUGUUGUACAUUGUUUGUUUUUGUGAGUCAAAAAUAGAUAGGUUUUACUAUCCCCAUUUUUUAAAAUAAUUUUGAAAUAAACAAAUUUAAAGUA